AUGAUACUCGCAAUUUGUUUCGUUGUUUUUGAUUUAGAAUGGCGACGAGAAGUUGUUAGUGCGAAAAAUAAAUGCUUAUGGCAAUCUGAAUUAAUCGAACUUUUCAUUAACGCUGUCGCUUUCUAUUUUAUUUUGCUUACAUUGGUUUCAUCGAGUACACUUAUUAUGUGUUUCACAAAAACAUCGACCGUGUACAAAAAUGCUUUGUAUUUAAUAACUCUUUAUUCAUCUGCAACUGUUAUUUUAACAAUUAUUUUAUCGGCAAGUUAUUAUAUUGGUUCUCGUAUAAUCGCUGAACAUUGCAUUAAUGAUCACAUAAAAAUGUUAGAAUUACAAAUGGGUUUGGUGUCACUCGCUUCACUUAUAACAUGCAGUAUUUAUAUGGUUGUUGGUAUGAUACAAGGUGGACGUGAAAUUGACGAAAACCUAACUCGACGACGAUUUAGUGCAAUGCCAAAUGUCAAUGAUAGAAUAUUUCAUGUGCCAAACAGCUUAUCAAUGAUAACACCUCCACCGCCAUACAACAUUAAUAUGUCUCGUUCAGGCAAAUUCUUUUAA